AUGGAGACGGAUCAACCAGAAGAGAUGGAUGUUGUCCUCUCUUCAAUGUGGCCGGAAGACAUAAAUGAAGCCGGGAGGCAGUUCAAUGUGGAAAGGCCAGGAGCCGAUCAAGAUAUGUUGGAGGAGGUUGUAAUCAAUGAGGAGCCUACUGUAGUAGAUUUUAAGCGCCUUUUAGAGCUUACGAACUACAGUGAGAAAGGUUCUUCGCAAUUGGCCUAUUUGGUAAAGAAUUGGGAAUAUAAGCAGGAAAAUGCUGUAAGGCUUCUAAGAGAAGAACUCGAUAACCUUAGCAAGCAACAGCAAGAAGUUGAACUCAAGAAAUUAGAGAUAUUGGAAGAACAUCGUUUUGAACAAGAUGGAUAUGGAGGCGAUAAGCGCCCGAUUUCAAUUUUGGAUGAAAAUUUACGAUACUUUUAUCAUGAUACUCCUCGGAGAAAGAAUGAUGUUAUCUUUCAAAAUGAAACGUUAGACAUUCAUGUAGAAUAUGACAGCACAACAUAUUGGAAACAGCGAACCAUGCAUUUAGAGAAGUUGUUAGCUGCAAGUCUCGAGCGAGAGCGGGUAUUGCAGGAAAAAUUGCACGAAAGUAUAGAAAAUCUUGAGAGGCAAUCCUCUCCAGUGGAAGAACUAUCCCAAGUUUUAAAAAGAGCGGAUAAUUUCUUACAUUUCAUCCUCCAAAAUGCACCAGUUGUUAUUGGCCACCAGGAUAAAGAAAUGCGUUAUCGCUUCAUCUAUAAUCAUUUCCCAAGUUUACGUGAGGAGGAUAUCAUAGGAAAAACAGAUGUGGAGAUUUUCAGUGGUUCUGGUGUGAAGGAAUCUCAAGACUUCAAAAGAGAAGUUUUGGAGCGAGGAUUACCUGCAAAGAGGGAAAUUACGUUUGAGACAGAACUUUUUGGCUCUAAAACUUUUCUAAUUUACGUGGAACCAGUGUUCAGCAAAACGGGGGAGACUAUUGGAGUAAAUUAUAUGGGAAUGGAAAUAACCGAUCAGGUGAGGAAAAGAGAGAAAAUAGCAACGCUUCGAGAGACAAUGGCUGUACAAAAAGCCAAGGAGACAGAGCUCAAUAAAACAAUCCACAUAACAGAGGAAACGAUGCGAGCAAAACAAAUGCUAGCAACGAUGUCACACGAGAUAAGAUCUCCCUUAUCUGGAGUUGUUAGCAUAGCCGAGAUUCUUUCCACGACUAAACUUGAUAAAGAACAACUACAGUUACUGAAUGUGAUGAUAUCUUCUGGUGAUCUGGUUCUUCAACUAAUAAAUGACAUCCUUGAUCUUUCCAAGGUGGAGUCAGGAGUCAUGAAAUUGGAAGCUACGAAGUUCAGGCCGAGAGAGGUAGUUAAGCAUGCCCUGCAAACUGCAGCAGCAUCGCUACAAAAAUUAUUAACCUUAGAAGGAUAUGUAGCAGAUGAUGUCCCCAUAGAGGUUAUUGGAGAUGUACUAAGGAUUCGGCAAAUCCUCACCAACUUGAUCAGCAAUGCGAUCAAGUUUACUCAUGAAGGCAAGGUUGGUAUAAAGCUUUAUGUCGUAGCAGAGCCACCUAGUGCAAUCAAACAAGGAUCUGACCAGAAGAUUUCUUCAGAUCAAUCAAAAGUUUUAGCAAAUAUAAAGAAAGAAGAUAAGUGCUUAUCAAUGUCUCAGAGUAUUGGUGAUCAAAUUGAUACUCAUAGACCUAAAGAUGGAGAAGAUACUUAUGGAAGUGAUACUCUUAGAAAUGAACCCAGUGGCCCGGUGAGAAACGGGACAAUGAUGGAAGAAGACAAAGAGAGCCUUCUCAAUACUCAAGAAACAAUUGUGUGGUUAUGCUGUGAUGUCUAUGAUACUGGGAUUGGAAUACCUGAAAAUGCUAUACCCACCUUGUUUAAGAAGUACAUGCAAGUUGGCACAGAUACUGCUCGAAAGUAUGGUGGGACGGGAUUGGGCCUAGCAAUCAGUAAACAACUGGUUGAACUCAUGGGUGGUCAUUUAACUGUCUCCAGUAAAGAACAGUAUGGGUCGACUUUUACGUUUGUACUACCUUACAAGGUUUCGCUAGUGUGUGAUAGUUCCAAUGAUCCCGAUGAAACGACUGAUACGGCCAACCAUGAUGUCUCAAACGAUGCAAAUGAUGAUGAUUUACAUUCUGGCAUUUUUCUGUUCCCACCUCGAACUUUGGGUUCUUUAUUUUCUUCUCAAGUCUCCGGACGGACCCAAAAAUUCUCACCACCCAUUUAUGGAUCUAAUGCCUCGACUAAAUGUAGUGGACUGUUGGACUCCUAUUCAUUCCCCUCUUAUAACAUUACAUCUAAAGAGAAUAGCUUAAUGGAAGAUGUCAGUUCAGUAGGUGGCUCUAUUGAGACAUUAUAUGAAGCCAAAACUUCAUUGAGGAAUAGCUCAGAUUCAGACAUCCCACGUACAAGUGCAAACCAUGAGCAGUGUCCUGGCAGAAGAGAUGAUAAUUUCAUUCUGUCUGCUCGUUCCACUAAUUCCUGCAAGGGUGAAACUUCAGAGAUUAUUGUUUCUCAAGAAGUAACUUGUAAUAUGCAGACUCAGUCUAAUAGAAGUUCUGAGUGCUCUUCGAGCAACAGUCCAGAAAUCCCAAAAUCUGAGUUGAAGUCUAAGAUCCUUCUUGUAGAAGAUAACAAGAUUAAUGUUAUGGUAACAAAGUCAAUGAUGAAGCAAUUAGGACACUGCAUUGAUGUUGUGAAUAACGGAGCAGAAGCUGUUCGUGCAGUUCAAUGCAAGAGCUAUGAUCUCAUUCUAAUGGACGUAUGCAUGCCAAUAAUGGGUGGUCUUCAAGCAACAAAACUUAUUCGAUCCUUCGAGAAAACCGGUAGUUGGAACGAUGCAGUGAAGGCUGGAAUCGAGCUUGAAUCACCUCCUGCAGGUUCUUCACCAAAUUCACGAGAGCUAAAAAGUUAUAGAAAGAGGAUUCCUAUCAUAGCGAUGACGGCGAAUGCAUUAUCAGAAAGUGCGGACGAGUGUUUUGCAAAUGGUAUGGACUCGUUCGUGUCGAAGCCUGUUAAUUUUCAAAACUUAAAACAAUGUCUUCAUCAAUAUUUGUCGUAA